UGACGGGCAGGGGGCGGGCCUUGGCCGAGGUCUUACGGCGACUGCGCAGACGGGAGCCCGACUGGAACAUGGCGACUUGCGCUGAAAUCCUACGGAGCGAGUUCCCCGAAAUUGACGGACAGGUCUUCGACUACGUGACGGGCGUCUUGCACAGCGGCAGUGCGGACUUCGAGUCUGUGGAUGACCUGGUGGAAGCUGUGGGGGAACUGUUGCAAGAGGUGUCCGGGGACAGCAAGGAUGACGCGGGCAUCAGGGCCGUGUGCCAGCGCAUGUACAACACUCUGCGCCUGACUGAGCCACAGACCCAGGGAAACAGCCAGGUGCUACUAGACGCCCCCAUCCAGUUGUCAAAGAUAACAGAGAACUACGACUGUGGCACCAAACUUCCAGGCCUGCUAAAGAGGGAACAGUCCUCGACAGUGAAUGCAAAGAAGCUAGAGAAAGCUGAGGCUCGACUGAAGGCAAAGCAGGAGAAGCGCUCAGAGAAGGACACACUCAAGACCAGCAGCCCUCUAGUUUUGGAAGAGGCAUCAGCCAGCCAGGCAGGCAGCAGAAAGGAGAGUCGGUUGGAAUCAUCUGGCAAGAACAAAUCCUACGAUGUGCGAAUUGAGAACUUUGAUGUGUCUUUUGGCGAUAGGGUACUGCUGGCUGGAGCAGAUGUGAACCUGGCAUGGGGCCGCCGCUAUGGGCUGGUGGGUCGGAAUGGACUAGGGAAGACGACGCUGCUGAAGAUGUUGGCCACCCGGAGCCUGCGGGUUCCAGCCCACAUUUCCCUGCUGCACGUGGAGCAGGAGGUUGCUGGAGACGACACCCCUGCCCUGCAGAGCGUGCUGGAGAGUGACACUGUGAGAGAAGAUCUCCUGCAUCGGGAGCGGGAGCUCAGCACCCAGAUUGCUGCUGGCAGGGCCGAGGGCUCAGAAGCUGCACAGCUGGCAGAAAUCUAUGCCAAGUUGGAGGAGAUUGAGGCUGACAAAGCACCUGCCAGAGCAUCAGUCAUUCUUGCUGGGCUUGGCUUUACCCCGAAAAUGCAGCAGCAGCCCACCCGGGAGUUCUCAGGUGGCUGGAGGAUGAGACUGGCCCUCGCCCGGGCUCUGUUUGCUAGGCCAGAUCUGCUGCUGUUAGAUGAACCCACAAACAUGCUGGAUGUAAGGGCCAUCCUGUGGCUGGAGAAUUACCUGCAGACGUGGCCCUCCACAAUCCUGGUCGUCUCCCACGACCGCAACUUCCUGAAUGCCAUAGCCACAGACAUCAUCCACCUGCACAGCCAGCGGCUGGAUGGUUACCGGGGAGACUUUGAGACUUUCAUCAAGAGCAAGCAGGAGCGGCUGCUCAAUCAGCAGCGUGAAUAUGAGGCCCAGCAGCAAUAUCGCCAGCAUAUCCAGGUUUUCAUUGACCGGUUUCGCUACAAUGCCAACAGAGCCUCUCAAGUGCAGAGUAAACUCAAGAUGCUGGAGAAGCUACCAGAGCUGAAACCCGUGGACAAGGAGUUGGAGGUAGUGAUGAAGUUCCCCGAUGGGUUUGAGAAAUUCUCACCACCAAUUCUGCAGCUAGAUGAGGUGGAUUUCUACUACGACCCAAAGCAUGUCAUCUUCAGCCGUCUCUCCGUCUCUGCUGAUCUUGAGUCCCGCAUCUGUGUGGUUGGGGAGAAUGGGGCUGGGAAGUCUACCAUGUUGAAGCUCCUUAUGGGGGAUCUGGCACCUGUUCGGGGCAUCAGACAUGCUCACAGGAAUCUGAAGAUUGGCUAUUUCAGCCAGCACCAUGUGGAGCAGCUGGACCUGAACGUCAGUGCUGUGGAACUGCUGGCACGCAAGUUCCCCGGACGGCCUGAGGAGGAAUACCGUCACCAGCUGGGCCGGUAUGGCAUCUCUGGAGAACUGGCCGUGCGCCCUGUUGCCAGCUUGUCUGGGGGCCAGAAGAGCCGGGUGGCCUUUGCUCAGAUGACCAUGCCCUGCCCCAACUUCUACAUUCUGGAUGAACCCACAAACCACCUGGACAUGGAGACCAUUGAGGCUCUGGGCCGCGCUCUCAACAAUUUCAGGGUUGGGUUUCCUGGGGAGCAGCUUGAAGAGGAGAUUGGUAUGUUUACUGGGGGGAGGUGAUCCAGAUUGAGCAGAGGGUGAAGUUGAGUACUGAUGCAGGCCCAAUGAAGGCCUCAGCCAACCCCACAUUCUGGAGCUGGCAGGGAUCUUCUGAGUUGAGGCAAUGGGUCCGGCCUUAUUCCACUGAGUUGAACAGUCUCUGGAUGCUGGCUGCCACCAGAAGGAGCUGUGAGGACAUUGGGAGAGGAAGUUUCCUUCAGCUGAGGCAGUUACCCCUAAGUGGUGACAGCUGAGGACCUGCUGCCAUCAGUCAGUGCUCAGCAGCUAGCGCGGCAAGUCCUUCAUUCCCGACAGCUCAUCGCAGCAACCACUACUGUGCCUGGCACAUAAAGAGCUGCUCAGUAAAAAUGCUUGAGAAGUGAAUAUUUGGGGGAAAUUAUUUGAGAAAAAGUAGGGAAUGACAUUGGAGAAGGAAAGCACAGAGGUCAGGAGACAAGCAGGCCAUGACCGAGACCCAGCCCUAAGGAUAUGGGGUCAGAGCAGCAGAGGUGGAGGUGCAAAGCUUUGGGACGUAAGAGACAGAUUAGGGCUUCCCUGGUGACGCAGUGGUUGAGAAUCUGCCUACUAAUGCAGGGGACACGGGUUCGAGCCCUAGUCUGGGAAGAUCCCACAUGCCGCAGAGCAACUAAGCCCGUGAGCCACAACUACUGAGCCUGCGCAUCUGGAGCCUGUGCCCCGCAACAAGAGAGGCCACGACAGUGAGAGGCCCGCGCACCGCGAUGAAGAGUGGCCCCCGCUCGCCGCAACUGGAGAAAGCCCUCGCACAGAAACAAA